AUGCCGCCCGGAAACCCCGACCUAGACCUGGAAAGGGGCCUUAUGGAAGGAAACAAAGGGCCAGCCAGGCUGAAGGCACUCGUGGCUAGCAACGAAAGGGACACGAGCGUUGGGCCGCCAGAAGAGCGGCCGCCGCCCGCCAAAUGCGCAACUCCUCCAGACUUGAGGCCAGGAACACCAAUACCCCCUCCGUCCACGCACCCCAACUAUGCGAGAUCCGCAUACUCAUCCCAGCCAGUAAAUCCGGUCCCUCACCACCACAGAAGCCCUCGAGCUUUCCCAUCCCGUCCGACAAGACCGGUACGCAGGUCAAGACGAGCACCGAGCACGUCAAGCUCCCGCGCCUCUAGCAAUACACCCGGUUCACCCCGUCGACGAUCCCUCAGCUCGACGAACCGCCCGGUGGAGGGCCGCACCACCCCAUCUAAUGGCCCACCCCCAUCAGAGAAGUUCCCUGCAGCCGCAGUAAACGGCUAUGGGUCGGUAGCCUUGCAUCCCCGCGAUGCGGAGAAUCAGGGGAAGUGGGCGGUGGAGCACCACCACGCCGGGCUCGUCCAUGAGAUUGUGGGCGCGCGGAAGCAGUCCAAGCAAAAGCUGAAAAGGUUGCUUGGGAUCACGGAGCCGGCUGCUCCGGGGCAGAGGAUAUUUCGAGUCAGUUUUGCGGAAAUGCAGAGAUUAAAGCUGCAGAAGUUGCAAGUCAAGUUGGUGGAUCAUGCUAUCGAUAUGUUUGCGUCGAAGCAGCAAUCGCCUGGGUGGGAAGAGGAUCCUGCGCGUUACACCCAGGCCUUGAAGGACUACGAUUACAUGCUGGAGGCGAGAAAGUUGCCGCAAGACUACUUCUACGCCACCAAAAAGCGUGCCGUGGACCGGUACGUUAUCAGGCGGCUGGUCGGUGACCUUGACAGUCUCGGAGACCAGACCGACAAGGUGGCCCCCGUCGAGCGAUGGGAUGACGAAAACAUGACGAUUGGGGGGGACUCGCAAUAG